AUGGAACUCCCUCUAAGACUUCCACCUCCGGGUGUCUCCGCGAAUUUCGAUAACCCCGAAUUUCUCGGAACACCUGUAAUUGUAGUUGCUCCCAUCGCUCUGUUCCUCAUCAUCUUCUCAGCAGCUGGCCGCGUUUACUCGCGUGUCAUCGUUUUCGGUAAAUGGCGUUUCGAAGAAUAUAUCUUCUGCCUCACUUGCGCUCUAUGUGUUGCUGUCACAUGCUUCUCAAUUGCCAUCGUAGAAGGUCCUAAUGGACACCACUCGUGGGAUAUCGUGCGGACAGAGGUGUCUAAGAGUGAUGUUCAGAGCCUGAUGUCGUUCUGGAUUACCCUCGGUCCUGUUUUUUGGCUUCUCAAACUUAAUUUGUUCAUGUUCAUUCUGAACAUAUUCGAUAAUGUUCGGUGGUUCAAGAGCUGCGUGUACGUUGGCAUUAUCAUCACGGGAAUCAUCUUCUCCAGUUAUACGAUCGUCAUCACCAUGUCAUGCACCCCGAGGAAUGGUACCGACACCAUCAAUUAUCUCCAAGCGCUCAAUCGUGCGCAGUGCACAUCGCCAAAUGGAGCAAACGCAAUCAUGGCCAAUCUCACCACUGCCUUCAAUGCAGCCGCCAAUGUUUACAUCCUCCUGCUUCCGUUCCCUCUAAUCUCAACAUUGCGAUUGACGACUCUCCAAAAGCGUGGUGUCUAUGGCAUAUAUGGGGCCGGGAUAAUACUUUGCAUCUGCAGCCUGCUGGGGGCCAUUUAUCGAGUCAAGUCCUGGCAAACCAAUGAUCUGACAGGUGCUCAGAUCCCGCACACGGCACUCAUCAUAACCGAGAUCGCUCUCUCGAUCACAAUCACGUGCAUACCAUCUGUGUAUGAGACGAUUUGCCACUUCACCAAGCCGGACAUCGAUGACAGAACAACCCUUGCCACUCCGAAGUUACAGCUCCUCAAUAGUGGCAGAUCGACCCCACAAGUUGAAAGCCGCGCAACGUGGCGCAAGACGCAUCGCGAUAUCGAGGAAAUCCCCUACCGUGAGAAGCCGACAAGCCAUCCCGACCCUACAGUACCUCACACUCGCAUGAAGGCAUUGCCAACAACGCCUUUCCCUUUGCACUACGACUCCAAACCCUGUUCGCCCACCAGCGAGACAUCCUCCAAGACCGAUUUGAGCCUCAUCCUUUCACAACCCUCUCCGGCCACGCCAAAAACUCCGCAUAGCCCAGGCAGCGUUCACAGCAUGCAUCUCCCAAUUAUGCUUUCUCCUCAUGCAAGGACAUUCGAAAGGCGGAAGAGCAUGCAGAGCAUGGACUUAGAAAUCAUGCUAUCGCCCCGAGCAAUGGAUCAAGUAUUUCUUCGUUAG